AUGAGGACUAGCGUCAUGCUUGCAGCCAUCACCCCCACCUUCCUAACAACUCUCUGCCACCAAACCAUGGGCCGCCUAUUUCCCAUCAACGAGGACCGUCUCUCUUUCUUCGGGCAACGAACAGCAAAAGACGACCCACAGGACCGGGUCUACUCAUGCCCCGCAGGCCCUGCCCGAUCGACGACCGAACGCACCCGCUUCGGCACCCUCGGGUGCACGGUCUACGGCUACCCCUCCACCGGCGGCGUUCUCAUCAAAGAAGCCGACCUCCUUGACAUGCUUUUCCUGUCGCUCCCGCGCUCUCAUGUCUCGCAGCGCUCACCCAGUGCUGAGGAAGAAGACCGUUCUGACUGGCUCGAAGUACAGAUGGGAUUGAGGCAGAUGACGGAGGAAGAAGAGAAGGUGAUCGUGUACGGUUGGCCAGCGGAUGGAGUGGGGGUGUGGGUGUUGCGGUUCGCGAGUGCCAACGAACUGCCGGACGACUUUGGGAGGAUGAAUUUGGCGAUGAAUAUGGAGGAGAAGAUACAGAUUAUGAAGGAGUAUGGCGCUACGUUUGUUGAGGAUGUCACGCAGGUGGAGGAACUCAACAUGGUUUGAGGUUCUUCUUGUUCUUGGAAUGGGUACGGUGCAGAGGGAUGGCAUGCAGCUUUUGUCCUUUCUACCUUUUUCUUCAAAAAUUGAGAUUUGAAAUGAGAUCUUGUAGAUCAAGUGGUUUUGGGGCAGGAGAUAGCUGCAUGACUGCUUCCGGACCUCGUGGACAGUUUGCCACACCAUUAGGAGUUGGGUCAUGGGGUCUGGGUUUGAGGAAGGAUCGCGCUCUUAUUAUUGGGUUUCUGUGUACUGUGGUUGAACCUGAUUAAAUCCACAAUCUUCUCUGCUUAUACUUAUAAUCUCU